UACAGAUAAUCUAGCAUGACUUCACUGGCAAAUGCAAAAGCGGAAGAAGAUAAUAGUUGGAAGAAAACGAAUAAUUCCCUCACUCCCAACUUGAGGAAACUGCCACCUCGAAGGCCGGAGGAGGCGGAGAUACGAACACCAAAUGAAGAUGAUCCAGCUUGGUCUGCUGUCCAAUCGCAACUCGUGCCUUGUGCAGUGUGUGGAAGAACCUUCUUCCCAGAGCGUUUACCUGUCCAUCGCAGGGUAUGUAAAGGAAAACCCAGUCCCAGACCACUGAAGAGAGCUUCUUCUCUAAGGGAACAGUCAGCUUCAUCCAGAGAUGGGGAGGAGCAAAGAUCGGAGCCUGUAUACGUGCCUUGCUACGUGUGCGGUCGCAGUUAUGGAUCGUGGGUAAUAUCUAUGCAUGAACAGCAAUGCCUCAGAAAAUGGCGGCGAAAAAAUGACAAGCUGCCAGAUUCCCAGCAACAGGAAGAGCCCAUUAAACCACCUGGAUCUUCAGCAGAUGAUGAUGUAGCUAGUUUAAUUGAACUUGGAGACACCGCAUGGGAAAGUCAUUUACAGCAGCUUGUACCUUGCCCUCGUUGUUCUCGUACCUUCUUCCCAGACAGGUUGGAAGUACACGAACGGAGCUGCAAAGGACCAUCUUGCAGCAGACGCCCACGCAGCAACAAAGGAGCGUAACAAAACACAGUUGGACUCUAAAGAACUUUUCAUAUCCAGCUGAUAUUCAGCAGCUAAUCAUUGCACGACAUACUUACAAGAUGCAGUUGUUGUAAUAAUACCAAACAUCAUCCUUUGAAGAUAUAAAGUAGAUGUAGAAUAUAAAAUUAUGGAAACAUUA